AUGAAGUACCUAACUUUUAAUAAGAGUAGCAAAGAUGCAUUUGAUUUAAAUGAAAAAAUUGAAGCAACGAAGAUUGAUUUAUCAAAUCCCUUAUUGUUACAAUAUAAUUGGGUAAUAUGGGAACAAGUUUCUGAUAAUAAAAUUAAACAAAGUAAUAAUUAUAAGGAUUAUACAAGACCAUUAGCAAAAUUUAAUAGCGUUCAAAAAUUUUGGCAAUUAUGGAAUAGAUUACCACAGCCAAGUGAUUUACUUGCACAAAGAAGUAUGACCAGAUUCUCAGAUGAUGGAAUAUUUCGUAUUGUGGAUGCUCUUAUGAUUUUUAGAGAUAAUAUUCAACCAAUGUGGGAAGAUCCAGCCAAUGCUGGAGGGGGACAUUUUGAAUAUAAGAUAUUACCAAAAGAUUUUCCAUAUAGUCAAAUAGAUGAAUUUUGGAAUAAUCUUGUUCUUGCAAUUAUUGGUUGUAGUUUAAAACAUUAUGACUUAAUAACAGGAAUUAGGUUAGUGGAUAAAUUAAGUACCACCCGCUAUGGUUAUAUAAGAAUAGAAAUAUGGUAUACCACAAUAACAGACGAAAAUGUUAGAAAUCAUUUAAGAAAAGACCUUGAAGAACACAUGUGUAAUCGUAUAGAUGGUUCUCAUGUUUAUCCCCCAAGAGUUAAAAGUCUUAGUCACGUACAUAAGUAA